AACCCAAAAUGUAAUGCCCAUCUCCUUGUUACAGUUUGAUACCUCUUUUUAAACCCCUUUUCAAAGCUAAAAUAAACAAAACCCACCUUCUCAACCACCUUCACCAAUAGACCAACUGCCCACCUCCCUCCUCCCCGCAGAGCCACUGCCAAACCUCCAAACAAAAAAGAAUACUGAUAAAAAACCCUAACCUCCCCCCCCCCAUUUGCACCUCCUUCUUCAAUCGUUGCCCUUCUUCCUUUAACCAAACAAGCCCCCAAGAACCUAAAACAAGCUUUCUUUUAUUCUUUAAUGGUGUUUUCAAUUUCAAAUUGAGUCUUGGUAAGGGGAAAAAAAUAUCGAUCAAAUGUGGCGGCCGUGGGGUAGCAGCAAAAAAUCACCGGUGCGGCGGAUUCACGACACGUCAUCUCCUUUCUCCUGCUCGUCUUUCAAAGAUAUCCUACACCUUUGCGCUGAGGAUUAUUCUCCUUCUUCUUCUUCUCUUCCCCUCUCUUCGGCAGCCAAAAGAACCGCCAAUGUCUUCCACCGUGUCCGGAUCGCCAACUCUAUACUCCGCGCCUGGGGCGAAACUCGGCCCGAAUCCAACAGGAAGUUACUGGAUUCGGUUUCGGAUCGAUCCGUUUCCGUUUCGAUCCCGGACGCCGAUAAGCGCAUUGUGGUCUACUACACCAGCCUGCGCGUGGUCCGGUCGACCUUCGAGGACUGCAAAGCCGUACGAUCGAUCCUCCGGGGGUUCCGUGUCUCGAUUGACGAGCGAGAUCUGUCGAUGGACUCGCGGUUCUUGGACGAGUUGAAGGGGAUCUUGGGGAAAAGCAAGUUGUCCUUGCCGCGGGUGUUCAUCGGAGGAAGGUAUUUGGGCGGGGCAGAGGAAAUCAAGCAGCUACACGAGACCGGCGAACUCAAGAAGUUAAUGGAAGGACUGUCGGCGGCCGAACCCGCUACCUGCGGCGUCUGCGGCGGUUACAGGUUCGUGUUGUGCGACGAGUGUAACGGUAGCCGUAAAAUUUACACUGAAAAAUCUGGGUUCAAGAUUUGUACGGACUGUAACGAAAAUGGUCUCAUCAGGUGCCCUUCUUGCUCUUAUGCUCCCCUCUAAAAAAAAAUUAACACCUUUUUCUUUAACUAUAAAAGGGAAAAUUUUCGCUUAUGGCUCUAGCUCUAGCUCGAUCUCUUAUGCCUCCUAUUCCAUUAUAGCUCUGACUUGGAUUGAUUCUGAAUUUAAUGGGAGUCCCAUCUAGCUACUAACGUUAACGUUGGAUUCCAACAAUAAAAAACUGACUUUUUUUGUAAUUUUUGUAGCAUUAAAAAGCAGUGAACAUUGAAAGGGACGAACAGUAGCAUUUAGCAUGCUUAAGUUUUGUGUAACUGUAAUUGAUUUUAGUGUUAAUGGGUAGAGUUUUUUUUUCUUUUUUUUCCCUAUUAUUAUUCAAUUAUCAUGAACAACUAGUACUUUGUUACAAGGUCUUCUUGUUAUUACAUUCCCUGGAACUGUUUAGAAUGAUGUUUUGAAAGAUGGGAAAGCAGUAAUAAAUAAAAUAAUGGUUUGCAAGAACA